AUGACCGCACCAAAUCGUGAAAUGCAUGAUCUGUUUGAUCGUGAAUCGCAACGUAAGCAGGAAUUCAAUUCUAAUGAUUUGCGUUUAUUUGUACAAUCAAAUAUAACCAAAAUGAAUAUUCAGCAAAAACAUGUAUAUGACACAAUCAAUCAAGCCGUUUCCAAUAAUGCAGGUGGGUUAUAUUUCUUGGAUGCACCUGGUGGUACAGGCAAAACGUUCGUUAUAUCACUGAUUUUAGCCACUAUUCGAUCGGAACAGAAAAUUGCAUUGGCACUUGCAUCUUCGGGAAUUGCUGCUACAUUAUUAGAAGGUGGUCGGACAACACACUCUGCAUUAAAAUUCCCAUUGAAUGCAAAAGCUCUGCGACUAACGUCAAUUAUUUUAUGGGAUGAGUAUACAAUGGCGAAUAAAAAACUACUAGAAGCAUUUAAUCGAACAAUGCAAGAUUUACGUGGUAACCAACAGCUUUUUGGUGGUGCUUUGAUAUUACUGUCAGGGGAUUUUCGACAAACAUUGCUUGUCAUUCCUCGGUCAACUCCUGCUGAUGAAAUAAAUGCCUGUUUGAAGUCAUCAGUUCUUUGGAGAUAUGUACAAAAAUUGACACUGAACAUUAAUAUGCUUAUUCACCUACAAAAUGAUCCAGCUGUCCAUAAGUUUUCAAAACAAUUGUUACAAAUUGGUGAUGGCAAAAUACAAAUCGACAGAACCGACGGAUUGAUCACUGUACCGAACAAUUUUUGUACAAUUACGAAAUCGAUUGAUGAAUUGAUUGAAUGUGUUUUUCCAAAUAUUCUUCAGAAUUACAGAAAUCAUGAUUGGUUGAGAGAACGCGCCAUUUUAGCACCGAAGAACAUUCAUAUCAAUGCCAUUAAUUUUCAAAUUCAAGCAAAACUCCCAGGUGUAGUCACGACAUAUAAAUCAAUUGACAGUGCUAUGGAUCAAGAUGAGGCAAUGAAUUAUCCAACUGAAUUUUUGAAUUCAUUAGAACCGGCUGGUAUGCCACCGCAUUGCUUGAAUCUGAAAGUGGGUUCUUUGAUUAUAUUAUUGCGAAAUAUUAUAUUAAUCCACCAAAACUGUGUAAUGGCACCAGAUUGGCAGUGA